GCUACCCCCCACUCGAAUCCAGUAAAAGUGACAUGAACAAUUUUCUGUCCAUUUUGCGAAAAAAAGUAGCAAAAACUGUAUUUUUUUGUUGAAAUUUACCCAGUGUUAACGUGUUGAACCACGUUGUGUAUCGGUGACCGUGUGACAAUCCCGCAAUUCGCUUUUCUUAACGGUUAAGUGCAAAAAUCCAUCUGUUUAUUUACUAAAGGAACGACCUUGCAAAAAAAAAAAUAAACUAUCCAAGCAGGAACGUUUCAUUAUUCUUCAGCGGAGCGGCAUUCCUUGCAUUGUUAUGCUUCAGAUGGCCAUUAGUUUACCGAACUCGCAAUCCUCAAAGUAAAAUGGGCUUGACUGUAUCCGGAAAACGUUGCAUUCAGCUGGCCUAAAGUUACUCAGCGAUAUACUUUCACUAUUUUAUUUGAUUAUGGUUGCAAACAAACUAGCUCCAUUGCUAUGGCCGGGGAACCUAGCAAGCCCCCUGAAAAACAGUACGACUAUCUGCUGAAGUUCCUUCUGGUAGGAGACAGUGAUGUGGGCAAACAGGAAAUAUUGUCCGAUUUGGAUGAUGGUGCUUUAGAGAGCCCUUUUUGUAGUGGCAGUGGUAAGUCAUAUAAAACUACUACCAUUCUCCUUGAUGGAAAGAGAGUAAAGUUGCAAUUGUGGGAUACUUCGGGACAGGGCAGAUUCUGCACCAUAAUAAGGUCGUAUUCCAGAGGAGCCCAGGGUGUACUUCUGGUUUAUGAUAUUACCAAUAGAUGGUCAUUCGAUGGCUUAGACCGCUGGCUUAAAGAAGUGGACAGUCACGCGCCAGGCGUUCCAAAAGUUUUAGUGGGUAAUCGGCUGCAUUUGGCUUUCAAACGGAAAGUGAGCCAAAGAGACGCUCAACUCUACGCCAAUAAACAUAGUAUGGCCUUUUUCGAGGUGUCUCCACUUUGCAACUUUAACAUACACGAAAGCUUUUGCGAACUGUCCAGAAUGGCGUUGCAGCGGAACGGGAUGGAGCGGCUUUGGAGGUCUAAUAAAGUAUUAAGCCUGCAAGAACUGUGCUGUCGAGCGAUUGUGGCGAGAACAACCGUUUACAGUAUUGAGCAACUGCCUCUGCCGACUUGUGUAAAGUCGCAUCUCAAAUCCUAUGCUUUAACUUCAACUAAUACUCAACAAUUUAGGUAUACGACUAAUCAUAAGAAGCAUUCAAGGAAGUUGAGAUUAACCAGUAUUCCGAAUACUCCCGGCAGCAUGGACAGCAGGACAAGUUGCGUGCCACGUAACUCCUGUGCAAUAUCCUGACCAAGAGCCCGCAUUCGUGACAUCUUGAUCGAAGUAUUCGCAAUGGUUCUUUUUCCACUCUUUGUGGUGCUUUUCCUUUAUACAUCCGCCUUCUAUGUAAAUUCAUUGUACUUAACUUACGUUAAAAACGAACCUAGAAAUAAACACUAAAAGUGUAAUUUCACAACUCAGUUUCCUUUGGUUUUAAUGAUCGGUGUGUUUGUGAUGUGAUGUUUUCCCCAUAUGCACAAAAUGUUUACUACCUUCUCUAUUUGACUCUCGAAAAUAUUGAACAUAGUACAAGAGAUAUUUUAUAAUCUAAGAUGACAAACACACAGGGUGUACUAAUUUUUGAUGUCUUGGUGUUUUACAUGUUAAUCGAUAAGUUAAAACAGUGUCCGUUAGCUAGAGGAAACCAUAUUUUUCAAUGUGUAUCUACAUGUAAGAGGCAGUUUUAUGCCGUCCUUAACAGAUAUAUGUAAGUGAUAUUUGAUUUAAGAUUAGGUGUCUAUUUUCCAUAUUUCUCAGCAAGGCUGAGAUCUAUUUCAUUUCAAUCAAUGCGAUCUAAUCUUCCUUUUAAUAAUCGACUGUUAAAACUAGCGUUUCGAAGGCAGGUUUUCAAAAACCCUUUUUUAUUGAAUUUGGUGGUAAACACCUACACACUUUUUAUUUAUUGUUAAGUUUUUUUACCAAAAUUCUGUGUUAACAAUUAUUUAGCAUUGUACAUAUAUUUUUUAUGCAAUUAUAUUAUAUUUGUAUAUUGUUUUCUAAGCUUCUUUUAUGUUUGGUUGUCUCACUCUCUGCCAUUACUUUGUUUUAUUGCGUUAUUGGAUGAAGCAAUAAAAAAAUAUCCACUUUUUGCGAAAAUAAUUCGUAUGGAAAUGGCAUUCAAUAAUGUUUGUAUGUUUUUGUUGACAUCUAUAUCCCGAGUUACUAAUUAUAAAAUCAAUGGAUUCAAAUUAUUUUUCUGUAUUUUAAUAGACUAACGAUGUAACCUUGUAACAAUAUAAUCUGGUUUACACUA